AUGAAAUGCUCAGGUUGUUUGAAAGCAUCUAAAGAUAUAAAUAGCAUAAAAUGUUGCGGCGCUGCCUGCGACAAACAAUUCUGCUCAAUGUGUAUAAACAUAGGUACAAUGUCAAAUGAGAAGAAAAAAAACUGGAGAUGCCCCGACUGCUGUGCCAUGAAAAAAAAAGGUGGUGAUAACAGCCUGACUCCUGUUCGGCCGGCUGAUGAGAACAUUACAUUGAGGAAAAAGCAUGAUGAAUCGCCCGAGGAAAAUUUACAUGCCGAGGUUAAGGAGCUCACAGAAGAAGUUCGUCUUCUUACGCGAGAAAUAACUUCACUAAAGGAGCGCCUAGAAAGUGCCACGUCAUCUAUGUCAUGCUGUCAGGCAAGACUAGAGGAAUUAACGACUUCAAUAGCCACCAAUGACUUUAGAAUAAAGAGUCUGGAAAAUCGAGACAAGGAGGUUAAGAUACUUGAAAACAAGGUAUUGGAACUGCAACAAGAAGUAAAUACCCAAUCGCAACAACAACUGUGCAACGAAUUAGAGCUGGCGGGUAUCCCCGAAUCAAACAACGAAAACCUGCACCACAUUGCACUACUAGCUGCGAAAAAGGUAGGUGUCGACCUGGCUGAUGACGACAUUGACUGGGUGACAAGAGCUGGACCUCACAUUAAGCGUGCUGUUAAUCCCAAUAGCGAUGUAAAUAGUACUAGACCUAUUGUAGUGCGUUUUCUACGUCGCAGUAAGCGAGAUCAACUAAUAAAGGCCUCGAAAACAAGACGCAAUGUCACGAGCAGCGAUCUGGAUGUACCAGGCAAAUCAUAUAAAAUCUACUACAAUGAACGCCUGACGAAAGAAAAUAGAUUGCUUUUUCGAACUGCGCGCUCAAAAGCAAAGGAACAUCAAUACGCCUACUGCUGGGUCACACAUGGUAAAAUAUUUCUCAAACAGAAAGAAGGGAAAGCAGCACUGCACGUGCGUACAUUUAAUGACCUUACUCGCAUAUUUUGUACCCCCUAA